AUGAUUAUUGAGAAAUCUCCAAAAAUAUCUGAACUUAAGCAGCUUACUAAGAAGUUUGUAUCUAAUGAUAAAAAAACUCGGGAUUCUGCUGUUAUGUCUUUGUCUCAUUUUCUUUCUUCAAGAAGUCAUUUAAGCUAUUCUGAGCUUUUGAAACUUUGGAAGGGGUUAUUUUAUUGCAUGUGGAUGAGUGAUCGUUCAUUUACUCAACAAAAACUGGCAAAUGAUUUAGCAAAUUUGGUUUCUAAAUGUUCUACAGAUAAUGCUUUAUUGUUUUUGAAAGCUUUUUGGGAGACUAUAUGCCGUGAGUGGAUUUCAAUAGAUAUUUUAAGAUUAAAUAAGUUUUAUCUUUUAAUACGUAAAUAUAUUGAACAGGGGUUCCGUAUUUGUAUGAUGUCGUCAUGGUCAGAAGAAGUAUUAAAAAAAUAUAUAUUUUUAUUAAAAUCUAUCCCUUUGAAUCCUUUAAACCCUAAAAUUCCAAAUAGUAUUCGUUAUCAUGUUUCAGAUGUUUAUUUAGAUGAGCUUGAUAAAGUUUUUUCUGAAAAAACUCAAACUCAGAAUUUUCCUAUUCAAAUACUUUUAGAGCCAUUUGUAUAUCUAUUUAAAAAAACUCCAGAUAAAUAUGUACGGAAACGAAUAUCAGAAAAUAUAUUUCAAGAUAAACGUAUUGAGUUGUGGUUAAAUAAAAAAGGUGAUCAUUAUAGUUCUGAUCUUAAAAUGUUAAAUGUAAAUAAUGAAAAUAUUUAA